CAGUCGGGUUUCUCGUCGGGAGAUCAGGUUUAAAACGUACCCGCUGCCUCGCGCUCCUCUCUCCGUCCUCCUGUCCCUGCCUCGGCGCUCUCCUCCUGCCCAUCGCUGCCCUUUUCUUUCCUCCACACAUCCUUACUUUGAGUGGAAGUUUCCCCAGGCAGAGCUGGUCCACCGUCCGCGGUGCGCCCGGAGAGUCGGAGGCAUGAAGCGACGUUAGGAACGAGUGACCGAGGAAGGAAGAGAGAAAGAGGAUUGCAGGGCGAAGGGAAUAAAACAGUCUGAGUGAGAAGGAACCAGGAACGACGUUCAAGGGAGCCUGGGUGCAACAGUGGAACCUCCUCCUUGAGAGAGCUUUUCUCCUCUGGAUGUUAUGGCUGAAAUGCUGAAUCCGGCAGGCCUGCUGACUAUGCCCCGGAGCCCCACCUCCAGUGAGGAUGAGAUGGCCCAGAGCUUUUCCGACUACUCCGACGACUGUGCCUCCGACAGCUCCCGUGAAGAGACCAUUUAUGAGACCAUAAGGGCCACGGCCGAGCCAUCGCAGAACCGCAUGGACGACAUUCACACAAACUCGCUGGUCAUCCGUGUUCUCAUUCCUGACUUGCAGCAGACGGAGCUGCCAAGCUGCCCACACCUCUUCUGGCCUGGACCAGCCCAGAUGCCCAGACGCUUGCUCCACUGCCCCAAACCACUAAAGGGAGGGCAAUUGCUCACAGACUCUCUUUUUCCUGGACCAAAAUUUGCCCACGCUCAAGGCACAGGCAACCCUGAACCAGAAAGUUAGAUUUGCAAGCACAAGGUUUACAACUAGCUUUCUAGCAACAAGGAGAACCAAGGGAGUUAGCACCCAGCAUCUAACUCUGUAAAGACCUUGAGCGACCAGCUUCUUCAGAGUUCCACCUUUGGAACAAAGGACACACCAAAGACUGCAUAUGGAACCACAGCUCUUUCCAGCCUUCUUCCGCCGGCUAACAAAGCAGCACACCACCAAGUCACUCUUUCUUCCAUCCACGCAAGGAUCGGUAACGUAACAACUGGGCAUAGCUUUAUGGCAGCUUUACAGGCUAAGCAAGACUGUUUAACUUGUUAUAUGUGAUUUAAUGCUGUCAUUGAGUUAUUGUUGUGAUUGUUUGCAGUUAGGUAAUUGGUUAGAUGGCUUCGCCAAAGCUAAGUGCUAAUACUGUUAACAAACAGAUUCUUGCACACAAUUAAACAAUCUCUGCACUAAUCCAGACAGAUGUUCAGUGUGCAACACAAAUCACAUUGACAUAGACUCAUCAACAAAUAGGCUUUCAACAGAGCUACACCCAAAUAGGCAUCUCAGAGUUCCCGCUUCUUUUCCUUUGUCUUUGUCCUGACCACAUGGUCAGACAAACACCUUCACGAUCUGAAGCCAACUUUGAUUCGGCCAUCUUGUGGUUCUCUGUUGUCAGCCAUUUUGUUUUGUAGGCCAAACAUCUCUUUGAUCACCAACACCCGCCUUUGUCUUUCUCUCUCUCUCUCUCUCUCUCUCUCACACACACGCACGCACGCACGCACGCACGCACGCACGCACGCACGCACGCACGCACACACACAUA